AUGAGCGCCGUAUUUCCAACCGACAACGUGUCCACCAUGGCCGUGAAGAACAACACAGUCCACCCCUACACGACCGCCCUGACCAUCCUCAUCUCCACGGCUGUCUCCACCGUCAUCUUGGGGAUCAUAGUCGGGAACUUCUUCGUCUGCACGUCCACGCUGACCCAGAGAAAGCUCCGAACCGUCCACAACUGGUUUCUCGUCUCCCUCGCCAUCGCCGACCUCCUGGUAGGCGUCCUCAUCAUGCCUCUAGCCCUGGUGAACGAACUCCUGGGCUACUGGUACUUCGAGAGGGCCCUGUGCGACCUUUUUCUCUCCACCGACAUCUUCGUGUGUACGGCGUCCAUCCUCAACCUGUGCGGCGUCGCCAUCGACCGUUACUGGGCCGCCACCAACCCGCCAGACCUGGUGGAGCACAAGGAGAAACGGCGGGCUAAGAUCGCCAUCGCUGUGGUGUGGUUCCUGGCGUUCCUGAUCAGCGUGCCGCCGCUGUUCGGGUGGAAGGACUCCCGCCCCUGGGACCCGGACUACCCGCAGUGCCGCUACAGCACCGACGUGGGCUACGUGCUCUUCUCUGCUUCCGGAUCUUUCUUCAUCCCCCUGGUUGCCAUAACAAUCGCAUACAGUAAAGUGUACUCCGCCGUGACCACUCGACUCUUGAAGAAAACUCCCUGCAAGAAACCAGCACCUACCGCCAAUGACCACACCACGCACCGCCCGGCCAUCAUAAUAGAACUGGCAACUCCCUCAGCAGAACGAUGCGACAGCGGAAACGGCAAGACCAAACAGUCUACCACCUUGGAGACCAGACGAAAAUCUAUGGUGGGUCACCUCCAAAGCAAAGAACGCUUCCUGAAGAAGAAGGAGAGGCGGCUGACCUUGAUCCUGGGAAUCGUCAUCACGGCGUUCGUGGUUUGCUGGCUGCCGUUCUUCGUCACCUACGUCACCGUCACCGUGUGCGAGACGUGCGCGGUCUCGGACGUCAUCUUCAAGCUGUUCGUGUGGCUGGGCUACUGCAACUCCGCCGUCAACCCCGUCAUCUACACCGUCUUCAACAAGGACUUCGUCGCCAUACUGGCGGCGCUCAGAAAGGUCGUGUGCGUCGGCGCGGCUUGUCACUGAGAAGAUCUGAUUAUUCAUCCCAUUUAUU